GUCUUUUUGCCCAGCGUGUACUGUCUGUGACGGCAGAGCUCACUGCGCAUGCGCGCACAAUCACAAAUAUGCCCGCUGCCUGACAGUCGAAAGCAAAUCAGCUGAAGAAAUAUGACCGGCUAGUUUCUCUCUGUCUUUUCUUUGUGCCGUUUGACGCGUGAGGUCAGAGGUCAUGGCUGCAGAUUGUGGCGUGUUCGUGGACUGGUCUCAGAUGGGCGAUGUGAGUCGCGACGCGCCUCCUGGUAAGACCGAAUAUAAAGACUUAAAGGAGCUGAAGCAGCACGCCCGCUCGGGCCAGUGGGCGAAAAACCACAACCAGCGCUCGGCCGUUUACCAGCAGCUGCUCAAAGCUCUCCCGUGUCGUACCGUCACGCCAGACGCCGCCGUUUACCGGGACAUCGUUGGAAAUUCUAACUCUAAGCACAACCCAUCUAGCUCUCCGUUGCCGGAGUUUGUGGAUGGGACAGCGGUGCCACGGUACUGUCUAAAGGCCGAAUCCGUGGGAUCGGUGCAUGCUGUCAUUUCCUGCAUAGCAGGGCAGUUCCCAGAUAUAUCGUACUGCCCGUCUUUACCGGUGGUGACGGCGCUGCUGAUGCACUGGAGCGCGGAUGAAGCGCAGUGCUUUGAGAGCGUCAGUCGCAUGUUAGCCUGCAACGAACCUGGGCGCCGUUUAUUAGAUCAGACUUUCCUUGCAUAUCAGUCGGCCUGCAUGACCUUCGGCGACCUCGUGCAUAAAUACUGCCCGGCCGCGCAUAAGCUGAUGGUCGCCACGGCGACAGACGUGCUGGAGGUGUACGCCGAUUGGCAGCGAUGGGUUCUGGGCGACCUGCCCUUCAGCUUCGCCGCCCGCGUGAUGGACGUCUACUUGGUGGAGGGGUACAAGGUCCUUUACCGUGUGGCGCUGGCGAUACUGAAGUUUUACCGCAAGCAGCGUUCCGCCGGCGCAGGCUCUGCCUUAACUAAGCAGGAUUCGGCAAUGAUCAGGAAAGAUAUCCAGGCGUUCGUGCAGAACAUCGGGAAAAGCGUGACGCCGGAGAAGCUGCUAGAAAAGGCCUUUUCCAUUCGCCUGUUCAGCCGGAAAGAGAUCACGCUGCUCCAGCUGGCCAAUGAGAAAUCACUCCAGCAGAAAGGCAUCACCGUCAAACAGAAGAGACAAAAUGUCCAGUUAGCCGUGAACGCUGAUAAUUUCAGCUCGGAGAUCGUCAGCGCGAAAGAGAUCAGAGAUAUCUGGUCGUGGAUCCCGGAGCGUUUCGCUUUAUGUCAGCCGCAGCUGCUCUUCACCACAUCCACACACGGCUGCAGCCUCAACAGGUUUUAUGCACAUUGUGAGGGAUAUGAGCCGACGCUAAUGCUCAUCAGAACUACAGAUGGAGAGGUGUGUGGAGCCUUCCUGUCCACUGAUUGGGAGGAGCGGAAGAGGGGCGGGAACAAGCUCAGCUUCUUCGGCACUGGAGAGUGUUUUGUCUUCAGAAUGAAGCCGGAGAUGGAGCGUUACGAGUGGGUCAUUAUCAAACACCCGGAGCUGGCGAACGCGACUCAAUCCACAGACGACGAACAGACCGGUGCGAAUGACAACGAAGUGUCACAGUCUCUAGAGAAACCAGCCACAGACCCGUCUCACCUGUCCCCUUUCCUGUCCGCGCGACACUUCAACCUCAACUCAAGGAACACCUCAAUGUUCAUGGCGGGAAACGUCGACUCCAUCAUUAUCGGAGGAGGUGAAGGUAACGCUCUGUACAUCGACUCGGAGCUGAACCACGGCCGAACCGAGCGCUGCCUGACCUUCGACAACCCUCCGCUGUGCGCUGAGAGCUUCCAGAUCGCUCUGCUGGAGGUUUGGGGUUUCAAAGACGCCAUGGCUUCAUAAGAGCAGCUCUCCACGCCUGCGGAUGCUGUGGCUGUAAGAUCCAUUGUGUUGUGAUAGACGUCCUUUCAUGUAGGUGGUAACAGAGAUGUGAUGCUCCUCCAGAAGAUCCGCCCUGAGCUCCAGUGAAGAUGUUUAAUGUUUAUUGUGUAUAUUUAUCCAUUCAAAACGUAUCUGAUGGUUUAUUUUGAUUCUUUUUAUAUCAGCAGAAAGCCUGUGUUGAUCUAGUCAGAGAUUUGAGAAUUGAAUCUGAUGCACAAAAUGAAGUUUAGUCCUGAAGGAUUUUGCAUUUACUCCAGUAUUGAUUAAUAUCUGAGAAUAACAAAGAGGACCAGAAUAGUGGAGACUUUCAUGUUAAAUCAAAAACAAAAAUCAAAGUCUUAGUUGAUGUGAUUUAAGUAAGGUGUUACAUGUUUGUCGUUGUAUUUUCGGGUGCUAAACACACCGACAUAUCAUAGUUUUCUCAUUACAGUCAUGAGAAUUUGGUGAGGGUCGUCAGAAUGUUUUUUUUUUUUUAUGCAAAAUGUAAUUUAUUUCUUUCAUUGUGGGGUGAAAUGUUACCCCUGGCAUUUCUAACGACUUGCCCAGCCAAGAGCGAUCAAAAUUUCUCCGUACUGAAUUCCUCUGUUCUUUAUAGAAGUUUUUUUUCUCUGUGUGUUAUAAAUUCAUAAUUGUGAUUCUGGGAAAUGCAAAAAAAAAAAGCCGCCCUUAUGAUUUUAUUUCUUAGAAUUGUGAGUUUAAAUCUCAUGUUUUUGACUCAAUUUCUUGAAAUUGCAUGUUUAUAUCUUGCACUUCUGACUUUUUUUCACAAUUACAUUAAAAGAAGUCACAAUUGCGAGUUUAUAUCCCAGAAUUUUGACUAUAUUUCUUGAAAUUGCACAUUUAUAUCUCAGUUAUUAAUUAUUAUAAAUUCAGAAUUGUGAGAUAUAAACUCGCAAUUAUGUGUUAUAAAAUCAGAAUUGAGAUUCUGAGAAUGAAAAAAAAGUCACAAUUGUGAGUUUAUAUCUCAGUAUAGUGAGUUAAUAUCUCAGAAUUGCAAGUUAUUUCUCAGAAUUGCGAGUUUAUAUCACAGUUUUGACGUUUUUCUUGAAGUUUCAAGUUUAUUUCUCAGAAUUGCAUGUUUAUAUGUUGUACUUCUGACUUUUUCUCACAGUUGCGUUAUAAAUUCAGAAUUGUGAGAUAUAAACUCGCAUUUACUUGUUAUAAAAUCAGAAUUGUCACAAUUGUGAGUUUAUAUCUCAGAAUUGUGAGUUUAUAUCACAGUGUUGACUAUUUCUUGAAAUUACAAGUUUAUUUCUCACAAUUGCAUGUUUAUAUCUUGCACUUCUGAUUUUUUGCUCACAAUUACGUUAUAAGUUCAGAAUUGUGAGAUAACAAUUACAUGUUAUGAAAUCAGAUUGCUAUUCUGGGAAUUAAAAGUCACAAUAGCGAGUUUAUAUCUCAGAAUUGCGAGUUUAUAUCACAGUUUUGACUUUAUUUCUUGAAAUUGCGAGUUUAUUUCUCAGAAUUGCAUGUUUAUAUCUUGCACUUCUGACUUUUUUGAUCACAGGUGCGUUACAAAUUUAGAAUUGUGAGAAUUCAUUUUUAGAGUUGCAAGUUAUUUCUCAGAAUCGUGAGUUUAUAUCACAAUUUUGACUUUAUUUCUCAGAAUUACAUGUUUAAAUCUUGGACUUCUGACUUUUUCUCACAGUUGCAUUAUAAAAUCAGAAUUGCAGUUGUGGGAAAUAAAAAAUAGUCACAAUUACAAGUUUAUAUCUUAGAAUUGUGAGUUAUUUCUCAGAAUUGUGAAUUUGACUAUUUCUCGAAAUUGCAAGUUUUUUUUCUCACAAUUGCAUGUUUAUAUCUUGCACUUUUUUUCCUCACAAUUGCGUUAUAAGUUCAGAAUUGUGAGACAUAAACUCACAGUUACAUGUUAUAAAAUCAGAAUUGCGAUUCUGGGAAUGAAAAAAGUCGCAAUUACGAGUUUUCUCAGAAUUGCAAGGUAUUUCUCAGAAUUGCAAAUUUAUGUUACAAUUUUGGCUGUUUCUUGAAAUUGCAAGUUUAUUUCUUUGAAAUGCCUGUAUAUAUCUUGGACUUCUAACUUUUUUCUCGCAAUUGCGUUAUAAAUUCAGAAUUGUGGGAUAUAAACUUACAAUUACAUGUUAUGAAUUCAGAAUGUGAGAUAUAAACUCGCAAUAACAUGUUAUACAAUCAGAAUCGCGAUUCUGGGAAAAAAAGUCACAAAUGCGAGUUUAUAUCUUAGAAUUGGGAGUUUAUUUCUUUAAAAUUGCAAGUUAAAAUCUCACAGUUUUGACUUUAUUUCUCACAAUUGCAUGUUUAUAUCUUGCAGUUCUGAGUUUGUAUCUUACAUUUCUGACUGUAACUUGCAAUUACGAGUUUAGAUCACAAUUUAAAAAAAAAUAAGUCAGAAUUCUAAGAUAGAAAGUAAAUUCUUUUUUUUUUUUUAUCUUUUAUUCAGUGGCAAAAAAUGGGCUUCCAUAGUUCUUCUAUGCAGCUUUGUGCCAAUUGGGAAAAGUACGAUUUCCAAGUUCUCAAGAGAACCAGAAAACACAAGCUCUUUAUAAACCUCCAGUCGAAACACAAGUAGUUCUGGGGCAUUUUGUGAG